AUUUUCAUGGCCGCCUCCAUGCUGUGAUAAAAUGGCGGCAAAGUUAAACCAAAGAUUUCUUUUCAGUUUGUUUAUUGCAUUAAUUGUAGUAUUUAUUUAUACAAAUGCUGCCAGAUUAAGUGAUCCUAAGAUCCUCUUACCUUAUCAUAGUUCUGCCAUCACUAAUUUUACGCUUAAAAUAAAUUUAUCCCGAGAAGAAGCUAGGCUUCCAGAUAGUUGUUACACAUGGCAGUCCACACACCAAGAGGUUGCUUCCAUCCAGCUUGUCAACAGCAGUGAUGGAGAGUGUGCAUUUUCUGCAGUCAUCUCUGCAGUGUCAAAGUCUCCGUACAGGAAAACCUCGAUGGUUCUUGCUGAGAAUAAAGUGACUGGAGAAAUUCUUCGCUGUAUUGUGAUUGUGGAGGCAAUAUCACGAUUUGAGAUCGAGACCACCACCCGUUUGUUGUAUCUGGAAGACUCACCAGAGGAACUUACCAUCAAAGGAUAUGAUGAAGAAGGCAAUGUGUUUUCCAGUUUGGCUGGGCUGGAGUUUGAGUGGAGCCUACUGCCCGACACAAGUACCCAGGGGGAGGAAAUGGUGGACAUUCUCAGAAUCACAAAGUUUACGGAGUCUCAUUAUGUCAUGCCCUAUUACAUCCAGCAGCUGGAAGCCAAAGGACUUCAAGGGGACCUAAUUCUUGUGGAAGGAAUGCGAACAGGAAGUGCUCAUGUUAAAGCUCGCAUAAGAGACGGCUCCUACAAGGAUGUGAAAUCCCCUGUUGUCAAAUUGAUUGUGGUAGCCAACUUAAUCAUCAACCCCGCAGAGGCCUACAUUCUGAAGCAUGCCACCAUUAAGUACUCGGUGCAGCUCAUCAAGCAGAGCUCCAUGCUGGAGAUCUCCCUGCCCUCCUCUCAGUUUUUUCUGGAAGUUCAGGAGGACAGCAUUUGUGCAUUAGAUGCCAAGACCUCCAUUGCUACAGGACAAGAGAUAGGCUCCACUGAUAUUGUACUCACAGACAGAAAUUUGAAGCAGGAUGCCCUUGUGAAGCCCAGUGCUGUGUUGUAUGUGGUGGCCCCAAGCUACCUGGGCUUUGUGGUCCUGCCAAACAAGAAGUGGGUGUUGGAGACAGAGAUAGAGUACACUAUUGUUAUAGAGGUGUUCGACAAAAACAGCCACAAGAUCUACCCAUCUGAUAAUGUUAUGCUGAAGGCAAUGUUUCCUAAAGAAUACUUUGAUGUGAGGUUUUCCACUAGAAAUGGAACCUAUCAUCAUGUUUAUACGCUGAAGCCGGGGAAGACCAGCAUUGAAGGUGUUCUAGCAUCCAUCGUACAGGAAGAUGGUACAGAAAUCGAGGUCAGCCCUGCAGUGAAAGGGUCACGGUCCGUGGAGAUUUUUGAUCCGAUUCGUGUCAGACCAGAGAAACUUUACUUUCCUUGGGAUCCACACUCGCCCACAAGUCACCAGUAUAAAUUACAGGUGAAAGGAGGGAGCGGAGAGUAUGUGUGGAGCUCGUCCAAUGUGGAAACCACCACAGUCAAUGUCAAAGGGGAGAUCACCACAGGGAAGCGGGGAGAGGCCCAGAUCACAGCCGCCGACGCCAAAAACAGGGUGCACACCGGGUCAACAAAGGUUUAUGUUUUGCCUCCAGAAGACAUGAAGUUUGUUCCUCAACAUGUGGAGGCAGUGGUCGGGACAGAACUGGAGAUGCCCCUCGCUGUUUUUGGACAAUACCAAGGCAAACUAUAUCCUUUCAAUGAUUGUCGAAAGAUGAAGGUCAACAUUUCUUUCUCUGAUCCGACGGCCUUCCAGCUGAACAGAGUUUCUUUAUCUAUUCCCGAGGAGGGUUGUUGCUCACUAAGACUGAAAUCAGUGCAAAGAGGUCACACUGUGGUGGUUGCCAGCUACACAUCCAGAGGGAUCGAUUUGUCUGCCACCGUAACCAUAGCAGCUUAUGAUCCGCUGAUGCCUGUUGACCCAGAAAAGGAAGCAGUCGUCGCUGUGGGGUCCAGGAAGGAACUGAUAUUUAAGGGUGGCCCUCAGCCCUGGAUCAUCGAUUCGCUCAAAUACUUCCAGGACUUAACCAGUACAAAUUCUGCUAUCACGAAGGUCCAGAAGGUGAAAAUUCUUGGAAAUAAUCGUGGUUUCCAUAACUUCUAUGUAACGUGUAUUGACUUUGGGGAGCAAGAGUUGACUCUGCGUGUGGGCAACAAUAAGACGACAACCAAUCAGUUUCCAGCUGUCGCAGAGGCUUCCAUCAGAUUGAGUUGUUCAGAACCAGUGGGUUUACAGCUGCACCCAGAUCUGAAGUAUCCCGAGAACCUCCCUCCGUGUCCUAUCACAAAGGAGCAAGCCAUCGCGAUUCCCAUCCACUGUCAGAGAGACCUGGACAUCGUCGUCACGGUCACAGACUCCCUGGGUAGGAAGUUUGACAAUUUUUCCUCACUGGAUUUCCAUUGGUCAGUUUCGGACCAAUCACUGGCCACACUAGAUGAUUCUAUAGACAGCUCUAUACAGAUCUCCACCAUGUCUAGCAAAGAGGGAUUCAAUUACAUCAAGUAUUACCGAGUCCUUCUUACCCGAGGUCGACCUGGUUUUGUUGUUAUUACAGCCUCCAUCAGCUCCUAUCUGGAGAGACACCUCAAGAUGGCUGCAUCUCCAAUAUCGACAAGAAUUUAUCCCAAGAUUAGUCGAUCGCUGGAGCUGAAACUUGUGGAGGAAGCUGUUGUCAAACCAGACAUUAUCUCUCUGUUUAAUCACCCGUCUAAUGCGUACACAGUGGACGUCCAGAGAGGCUCGGGAUUCUUCCACGUGAUCCCUGACCAGGCGGGCGUGGUGAAACUGGACUACACGGAUAAAACUAAGCAAAUGCAGGUCAGUGAAAAUACUGCGCAGAUAAAACUAAGCAAAUGCAGGUCAGUGAAAAUACUGUGCAGGAAAACUAAGCAAAUGCAGGUUGUCCCAGUGACUGACGGUUCUAUGAAGGUCACCGUUUAUGACCUCUGUGUGUACAAUCGAGACCCGCCAACAGCCACCAUAUUUGUGUCAGGGGUAGGAAGUGUGGAACUCUCAGUCACUGAAAAGGUCGAAGUUGAUAAAGAGGCUAAGGUCAAGGUCAGAGUAAUGGAUGCCCAUGGUAAACCUCUGCAAGCCAGCUUCUUCAGACUGAUGGGGCUAAGGCUGAUCCCCACCUCUAAUAUCAUCACCAUCAGGAAAGAUAAGGAUCAGCGGGAUGAACUUACCACAGAAUAUUACAUCAUGCAUGGAGCACAAGUUGGUCACACUUCACUGGUCGCUGAAGCUCGUCCCAGUCAUGGGGUGGUGAUCAGGAGCCUGGCGAGGCCAGUGGAGGUUUUCCCUCCUCUUCAGUUAAUUCCUAGGAAUAUCACAUUGAUAAUUGGAGCAAAGUUUCAGGUGCUGAGUAGAGGAGGCCCCACCCCUCAGUGUACGGUCCUGUUCUCCAUCGGAGAUAGCAACAUUGCAGAUGUGUCCAGCAGUGGGUUGUUGGACGCCCAGAACCUGGGGACCACCACAGUGUUAGGUCAAGCCGUGGGUCAGGACCCAGAGACGGGGGAAACCAUCAUAUACUCUCAGGAUCAGGUGACAGUGAAUGUUGUCGAGCUCGCGGGGGUCAGGAUCCACUCAGCUCUUUCCCGGAUGCAGACCGGCACCAAGAUGCCCCUAUAUGGCAUUGGCCUGACAGAGCACGAGACCCCCUUCACCUUUGGAAGUGCCACGCCCCCUCUGGUGUUCACCUGGUCCAUCAACAAUAAGGAUGUCAUACAGCUACAGAAUGUCUUCCAUCAGUGUGGUCUGAAACACUCGACAGAGAGUGACUUUGCGCGGCAGCUCGUAGCUAUGUCAGCUGGACAAGUGACAGUCAAACUCACUGUUAGACCCCAUCUAACUUCCAGGUCGCAGGUCAAAGGUCAUGGGACACUGACCGAUGAAUUGCAAGUGGAGGUUUUUGAAAAAUUAACAGUCAUAAGCCCGAAGGUGUGUGACGGAAGAAUUUUGUUGACACCCAAUACUGAAGCUGUCAUCAAAACCAACAGGGAUGGCUCUGCUAAGAUGAGUUACCAUGUUAUCUCCCUUGAUGACCCAAGUCCUGUGACAGUGGGGGAGGGGGGCCUACUAACCAUCGGGUCACUGACUGGACAGGUGGCGCUACAUGUCACUUCGCAGGAAGAGUUUGGCACCAAUCAGACUUUGGUUCUACUUGUCAAGGUGAAGCCUGUCUCGUAUUUGAUGAUAAACUCGGGCCUGUCAUUGAGUACUGCUGAAGGUUACAUCAAGAGCAUCCCAGUGGGGACGACACUGACCCUGACUGUGACUUACCACGACAAUGUCGGAGAACAGUUCUACGCCACCAAUGUCCAAAUGAGAUACCGCUUAAACAGAUAUGACCUUGUUCACAUUAAGCAUGGAUCUGAGAAUGACACGCUGAUUGUUAGGGCUGCUGAAGUGGGACAGAGCAUUCUGAAGGUGUGGGACCAUAGAAACCCUUGGUUAGCAGACUACAUCAACAUCUCCGUGGAUUACGUCAUUACUCCUUCAAAAGUCACUGUCACCCUGGGCACUGUCGUCUGCUUCAAAUCUCCGCUUAAUUCUGUGAGAGGUUAUGCUGGCCACUGGCAGAGUAGAAGUAAGGUGAUAGAUAUUGACGGGGACUCGGGAGUUUCCACGUCUGCAGCUGUAGGUCACAGUCUGGUGGAGAACACACUCUCACAGGAUGUCACCACCUACACAGAGGUGACUGUGCAACCCAUUGAUCAGCUGACUGUAGACGACUCCUGGUCCUUCCUCACCAAUGUUAAAAAUCGCCUGACAGAGUACUUUAUCACAGUGUCCUUGAACUCUGAUUCGGAGGUCAUAGGAGAAAAUUGCACUGGUGAAAUCCAGGCCAAGAACUUCAUGCCAACUUUUGUUCCCAUCACUUGUGAGCUGGUGUUCAAUACUGCAGUGAAUGGACUGUCUGUCUCCGACCUUUUUCAAGUGUCAGCCACAUUCAGUUCCAAGAAAGGAAAAUAUGGCUGUCUGGUGAAGAAGCUACAUCCCGAGACCUUAGUACAGCAGAUAAGCACCAUGUCUGUCGACCUGCAGUUGUCUGUGCUGGUUCCCAACAUGGAGAAUCAACUUCUUGUGAUGGCACCAGUCAAAAAGUACCAGUAUCUGCCGCCAUUUUAUGUUCAUAACUCAGAGGUGUUAUUAUCUACGGCAGCUCCACUGUCUUCCAUCCGAGUGUCCACCAUUCCAGAUCUGUCCUCAUGUAUACAGGCUGCAGUGAGUGAUGAAAUCAUUUUAGAGGUCAUGACCCCAGAAAAAGACAGCCAAUCAGGAACCAUUUUGAUUUUCCCCGUAAGACUUGUAGAGUCUGCUUCAUUGUGGGAUAGAGAAAGUGUUGAAAGUCAUGUGGAACUGUCCUGUAGAAAAACAGGUCAAAAGGUCAGACUGCCUGUGUCGGUCAGACUGAUUGGACAGCGACCGGAACAUUUUGGAUACCGGGGACGACCAGUCGGGUGGGGUGCCUUCUUUGUGAACAGCAUCAACAAUAACCAGUCACUAUUCUCCUACCUCUUCCUGAUCAUCGCUACGGCUGUAGCUGUGCUUGUGGCUUACCAUUACGUGAUUGGACCUCGUUACAAGGCAGUGGCCAACACUAAUCCAGCGUUCCUCAGGCCCGGGGCUGCAGGAGCUGCCUCUCCCCCCUCCCCCAUGUAUCCACAGCUCCAGUUCUCACCUAACUACUCCCCACCCCCUUACACUAGUUAUGCAUCCCCGUUGACGAGUCCUAAAUCACCUGCAUUGUGGUCGACUGAGUAUCACCCCCAGGAUGGAAGCAGCCCCAGGCGGCGAUCCCCUUACAGACCCAGUGGUGCUACACCCCCCUUCAGCUCCAGACAGAGUCCGUUAUAAUCAUUCCAGUGAUAGCUCAACAAAUUUCUAGGUUUUCUAAUUUUCCAUCCUGUAUAUGUCUUUGAUGAUUGAGUGAUGAACAGUAUUGAUGUGAACAAUAUUUUACAGAGAGAAAGAGAGAGAGGUGGGAGAGAGAAAGAGAGAAAUUGUGCUUUUCAUUUCUUAAUAUCAGGAGUUUGAGCAUUCUGUGCAUAAUAGUGUUUAUUAGACAGCUGGUCUGAAAGAGUGAAGACAAGCAUGGUGUCAACAAGAGUGUUAGAAUAGUGAUUGUAUGACUGUCGCUCAUGAUGUGUUCAGUGUCUUGAUUGUAUGACUGUCGCUCAUGAGGUGUUCAGUGUUCUGAUUGUAUGGUGUGUUCAGUGUUCUGAUUGUAUGACUGUCACUCAUGAGGUGUUCAGUGUCCUGAUUGUAUGACUGUCGCUCAUGAGGUGUUCAGUGUCUGUGCGAGAGAUGUGUUAUAUUUUGUUGUGUUUUUUUUGGUGUAUACACUUGUUUGUUGUGAAUUAUUGAUUUUCAUAUAUAUGUACAUGUGUUCCUGGCAUUUCAUUUCUAUCAUGCAUAUCAUGAAAAGUAGAGAUUAUCAAAAUGAUACAAUUACUCCUGUGAAUUAAUGUUAAAGUUGCAAUACAUGAAUAUACUUACAAAGUCAUUUUUUAACAAACAUAAACUGUGUUCUGAAUUUGAACAUUAAGAAUGAUAAAUGUACUGUCAUCAUGGGUGUACAAUUUUUGUGUAUUUAUUGGGUGCGGUACUACCUCAUCCCAAGAAUCAAUGAUCUCAAUGAAAUACAGUUUGUGUAGCGUUUCCACAUUUAGAAACCAUAUUCAUAAAUUUUGGUGAUCCAUGAAAGUUGUCCCCUGUGAGAAGGAAACUGUUAUCUUAUUAUUACAAGGAUGUCAUUGCAUGUCCAAUGCCUGAAGGUCUACUGAAUUUAUCUGUUUCGUCUCUGAGAUUCGAUGAUGGCUUAAUUUGAAACAAAUUUUCUAUGCAGUGAUCGUGAGUAACUUAUGAACAUCUGUACAAAAAAUUCAGUCUUUGUUCUAAAGUUUAUUUACAUAGAUUUGUCACAAAAUCAUGACUUGUUCAUUUUGAAUAAAAAAACAAAAUAUU